GGUUGGGAGGACUCCGCUGUGACAUGAUUGCGUCGCCCCAGCUUUGACUUUCGGCGGGAACAGCGGUUUGUGCGAGUCCCUCGGAGGCACCGGGAGCGCUCAGGCUGCACCGCACCGAGGGAAGGGGCUCUGGAGACCGGAGAACUGCUCCGGACUAGGGUGCAUUCUCUGCUGGGCAGAAGACCGUGGUCCGGGAGCAGCGGGAGACUGAUCCUACUGCAAUUGCGCGUAGGACAGAGGGGACAAUCGACCCUGCGAUCACCAGGGUGAGCCCGCAGGGUCGAGUGAACUAGGAGCCGCGGCUGGAGGAAGCGGGGAAAACCGCAGAAUCACAGAUUUGACUUCCUGGAAUUCAGGGGUAUGGAUAAAUUGGGACAGAUUAUCUCCUUAGGCCAGCUCAUCUAUAAAAAGUGUGAAGAAAUGAACCACUGCCAGAAGCAGUGCAAGCGUCUGAAGGAGCGUGUGCAUGGCUUGCUACAGCCUCUCCAGAGGCUCCAGGAUCAAGGAACAAACAAUCUGCCAGAGAACAUAACUGAAACCCUGGACAAGUUUGAGACUGCCCUGCAGGAGGCUAUGCAGCAGAUAGAAAAGUUCAACAAGAAGUCCAGUAUUUGGAAGUUUGUAACUGCGGGCAAUGACAAGAUACUCUUCCUUGAAGUAAAUGAGAAGCUGAGAGAUGUCUGGGAGCAGAUCAUGCUGUGGCUUCAGGUUGGUCAACAGAGCUCUGCUUCAAAAGCAUCCUGGCUGCAGGAAGAUCAACAGGAUGCGAGAGAGGAUGAGGCUUGUAUCUUUAAGCAAAGAACAGAAAAUCUGCAAGCUCUCUGGAUGAAGGUGAGCAUUGACGUGGAAGAAAUCAAGGAAACUCUGAAACAGUGCUCACUACAACCCACACAGAAGAACCCACAGGAAAAAAUCAAGGAGAUUGAGAAGGAACAUCUUACCAGCUCUCCAUGGACUUUACUGAAGAAAAAUGACCUCAGCACAUUUUACAGAGGAGAGUAUCACAGAUCGCCAGUUACCAUCAAAGUAUUCAACAAUCCCCAAGCCAGAAGUGUCAGUACAGUGAGGCACGCUUUCCACAACGAGAUCACAACCAUGAAGAAAUUUGAUUCUCCCAACGUCUUGCGUAUAUUUGGGAUUUGCAUUGAUGAAACGGUGAAGCCCCCUGAAUUCUCCAUUGUCAUGGAGUACUGUAAACUUGGAACCCUGAGGGAACUGCUGGAUGAAGAAAAGGACCUCCCUCUGAGUGUGCGCAUCUUCUUAGUCCUGGGAGCAGCCAGAGGCUUAUACAGGCUACACCAUUCAGAAACAUCCCAACAACUGCACAAAAACAUCAGCAGUUCCAGCUUCCUGGUAGCUGAAGGCUACAACGUAAAGCUUGCAGGAUUUGAACUAAGUAAGACGCAAACUUCCAUCAGUUGGAAGACAAAACACACUAACGCAGAGAGAAACCAUCCAACGGCAUAUAUCUCCCCUGAGAGACUGGAAAAUCCGUAUCAUAAAUAUGACAGACAAGAUGAAAUAUAUAGCUUUGGAAUUGUGCUCUGGGAGAUUGUCACUGGAAAGAUCCCAUUCCAAGGUUGUGAUUCGAAGAAGAUCUACAAGCUGGUAGCUGAGGGCCAGAAGCAGGAGCCAGUGGGUGAAGAUUGCCCUAAGCUAUUGCAGGAGAUCAUUGAGGAGUGCAGGGCCUAUGAGCCCAAACAAAGGCCCUCUGUGGAUGAAAUCUUAGACAGACUGUCUGAAAUUAACUGAGGUGUGUGUGCAAACCUAAACGGAAGACUCCCUGGACAAGAAGCUGGAAGAGAAACAAACUGGACAUUUGUCUUUCAUAUCUGUUAGUAUCAAGUUUUGCUAGGUGCAAAACUUUUUCUUUUUUUAAAUGUAGUCUCACCAUGUAGCCCCUGUUAGUUGGAACUUGCUAUAUAGAACAGACGGAGUUCAAACUGAAAGAAAUCUAGUUUUGCCUCUUCAAUGUUGGGAUUAAGGGCAUGGGCCACCACACCUGGCAAAGUUCUUAUUUGUUACAAAUAGAAAGCAACUCCAUGGGGCUGGAGAGAUGGCUCAGCAGUUAGGAGUACCGGUUGUUCUCCCAGAGGACCCAGGUUCAAUCCCCAGCACCCACAUGGCAGUUCACAAGUCCUGUUCCAGAGAAUCUGACACCGCAUACAGAUACACAUGCAGGCAAAACACCAAUGCACAUAAAAUAAAUUAUUAAAAAAAGAUUAGAAAGAAGGAAAACAAUUCCAGCCUAAAGUAGUGGCACAUGCCUUUUAUCCAGCACUUGGGAGGCAGAGACAGGUGGAUCUCUGUUUGAGGUUAGCCAUUUACAUAGCAACUUCCAGGACAACUAGGAUUGCAUAUAGAGACGGGUUUCAAAAAACAAACAAACAAACAACAAAAACAAUUCCAGCUAUAAAGAAUUCCCAGUAUUUCUAAAACUAUAUUGCUAAGAUUAACUGCAGAUUAUUUAUGAAAAUGAUUUUAUGUCCAUGGCUCUUUUCAUGAUUUGAGGGAUCCUAUCAAGAAAUGGCCUCUGUUUCCCCAGCAUUUGAAUCUGAGCUGGCUAAUGGCUUGAUUGUUUCAACAGCAUGUGGAAGAAGGAACAGUGGACCACUUCCAAAUCUAGGCUUUAAAAUAUUCCCUCCCUCUCGUGAAACAGUGCCCACCCGUGCACAAGAGUGGUAGGCAUGCUGGUAGAUGAGGAGGACCUACACAGAGUGGCGGCAAAUGGUCCCAUCUGAGUUCACGCUAAGCCAGCCAGUCAGCCUGGCAAUUGACCCAGUUGCAUGAGGAAGCCCAGUUAAGAUCGAAGAGCUACCCAGCUGAGCCUACCCCACUGCCAAUUUACAAAAACAUGAGCUCAAUAAAUAUAUCCCUGUCUUAAGCCGCUAAGUUUUGGGGUGUUUGCUACACAACGGUAGUAAUAGUGAACCCUCCGCAACCCUUCCCUUUGCCCACUGAACUAAAUACAAAACUUGCUGUUUGGAUGUCCAUGGCCUGGCCUCUGAUCACGUCUGACUUUGUACAUCAGGUCCCAGAGAUCUCCAUAUUGUUGUGAUCUAGGGACCAAUGAUGUUGUUCAGUGAUGUUGUUGUACAGAGUACUUGUACAAAGCCCUGUGUUUGAUGCCCAAAAAUCCACUUAGUGGUAGGUAAGGCAGAAAGAUUAAAAGUUCAAUCAUUGUCUGGUGGUGAUGGCACACACCUUUAAUCCCAGCACUCAGGAGGCAGAAGCAGGCAGAUCUCUGUGAGUAUGAGGCCAGCCUGGUCUACAGAGAUAGUUCCAGGACAGCUAGGGCUGUUACACAGAGAAACCCUGUCUCAAAAAACAAGACAAAACAAAAC